AUGGCGAGGAAUCGGCUCGUUUGCCGCCUGAUAGAUUUCAGCAUGGCAGCCCACGUUCCAGACUCCAGCAUGCGGGAGACCAUGUGUGGUUCUCUCCCGUGCGUCGCUCCGGAGACAGCGCUGGGGGAGCCGUACUGGCCCAAGCCGGCAGAUUGUUGGAGCUUAGGGGUGGUGCUCUUGGAGACCGCUUGCGGGCAAGGCACGCUCGAGCUCUCGGUGCCAUGGCGCCGUUGCGCAUACCUCGCGCAGGCCAUGCGGGAGAUACUCGAGUUCUUCGCCCAAGCCGGCUCCCAUGCUCAGGCGAUGGCGAGCAUGGGCGGCGUGUACGACGGAGCGGUGUUGGCGUGCCUGGAGGCGCUGCUGAGGCCCGAGCCCCUCCGCAGGGCGAGCGCCUCCGACGCGGUAGACGUGCUGUCAGCCAGGCGCGUGAAGGCCGCUCGUUGA